AUGACCAGAACCCACCCUCCAUUCCCCCCACCCUCCCAACCCACCAACGAAACUCCCCCUGCCACCCAAACUAUCCAAUCUCUCGACCUCCACCCACACCCCGAAGGUGGCUACUACCAGGAGACCUUCCGCCAUCCACAAGAAAUCCCCAUAGCCAACGGCACGGCCACCCGCUCUGCCAGUACCCGCAUCCACUACUUGCUCACGCCGGGGUCGCCGCUCGGUGCGUUCCACCGGAACAAGAGUCGGACCGUGCAUACACUACAUCGUGGACGGGGGCGAUAUGUGGUGAUUCACGCGGAUGAGCGGAAAGGGGGGAAGGCGCCGGUAGAAGAGUUUGUGGUGGGACAUGAUGUGGAGAGAGGGGAGAAGGUGGAGUGGGUAGUGGAGGGGGGGAAGUGGAAGGGGAGCUAUUUGUUGCCUGAGAAGGAAUAUGAGGAUGACGACGGGGAGGAGAGGGGCUUAUUGAUUACUGAGACAGUUGAGCCUGGGUUCGCGAUAGAGGAUCAUGACUUCUUGUCAUUACAGGAGAUGAAGGAGCUCCUCACUCCAGAACAAGUAGAGGAGAUGGCAUGGAUGUUGAGGGAGAAUUCCAUAGAGAAACAAUAA